AUAAUUUUAAUACAUUUUUUGCAGACAGACAUAACCUACAAAUCAAAACACCGACUUGAGUCCUUGUGUUUUGUUGGUUAAAAUGGAUAAUAUUGUCACUGGGGAUGACAGUGUUGAAAUCGAUUGGGGAAAUGAACGAUUAAGCAGAGCCCAACGUGCUGUUGAAGCGAAUAUUUACGAUGUUGACUCAUGGUCACUGCUUAUUAGAGAAGCACAGACUAGGCCUAUUAAUGAUGUUCGAUCUAUGUAUGAGAAACUCAUUACUGCAUUUCCUACAACGGGCCGCUACUGGAAAAUAUACAUUGAGCAGGAGAUGAAGGCGAGACUCUUUGAAAAAGUGGAAAAGCUGUUUCAGCGGUGUCUCAUGAAGAUCCUUAACAUUGAACUAUGGCGGCUAUACUUGAACUAUGUGAAGGAGACCAAGUGUAUGUUACCGACUUACAAGGAGAAAAUGGCUCAAGCUUACGAUUUCGCACUCGACAAAAUAGGGCUCGAUAUACACGCGUACCCAAUAUGGAACGACUACGUCACCUUCCUAAAGAGUGUCGAUGCCGUAGGCUCCUACGCUGAGAAUCAGAAGAUAUCUGCAGUCAGAAAGGUCUACCAAAGAGCAGUUAUAACCCCAAUAAUAGGUAUAGAGACGCUAUGGAAAGAUUAUAUAGCUUUUGAGCAGAGUAUCAACAGUAUUAUUGCUGAACGGAUGGCAAUGGAACGUUCGAGAGAGUACAUGAACGCUCGACGCGUGGCUAAAGAGUUGGAGACUGUGACACGAGGUCUAAACAGAAACAUGCCGUCUACGCCUCCCACUGUCGACAGAGAAGAAAUGAAACAGGUGGAGCUGUGGAAGAAGUAUAUAACAUGGGAACGGUCAAAUCCUCUUCGUUCAGAAGACACAGCCCUAGUAGCUCGCAGAGUAAUGUUCGCCAUAGAACAAUGUCUCCUCUGCUUAGCUCACCAUCCUGACGUGUGGCACCAGGCGGCGCAGUUCUUGGAUCAUUCAUCUAAGCUGCUGCAGGAGAAAGGGGAUUCGAACGCAGCGCGUCUAUUCUCCGAGGAGGCCGCUGCGGUUUACGAGAGAGCAACGAGUGGUCCACUCAAGCAAUCUACGUUGCUGCACUUUGCACACGCCGACUAUGAAGAAAGCAGACUGCAUUACAAUAAGGUGCACCAAGUGUAUACAAGAUAUUUAGAUAUGGAAGAUAUAGAUCCAACGCUAGCUUACGUGCAGUACAUGAAGUUCGCGCGGAGAGCUGAAGGCAUCAAGUCAGCCCGGACAGUGUUUAAACGAGCCAGAGAGGAUGCCCGGUCCCGCUACCACGUGUUCGUGGCUGCAGCGCUCAUGGAGUACUACUGCUCUAAAGACAAGAACAUUGCAUUUCGUAUCUUUGAACUUGGACUCAAGAAGUUCUCACACAUACCAGAGUAUGUGCUAUGCUAUAUUGAUUACUUGUCGCAUUUGAACGAGGACAACAACACUCGGGUGCUAUUCGAGAGAGUUCUCUCGUCAGGCAGUCUCAAACCGGAGAGUUCAGUGGACAUAUGGAACAGGUUCCUCGAGUUCGAAUCCAACAUUGGUGAUCUGGUCUCCAUCGUGAAAGUCGAGAAACGACGACAAGCUGUGUUGGAGAAGAUAAAAGAAUUUGAAGGCAAAGAGACCGCUCAACUGGUGGACAGGUACAAGUUCUUGGAUCUGUAUCCUUGCAGCAUUGCGGAGCUCAAAUCUAUUGGAUAUACUGAGGUAGCGUCAAUGUCCAAUAAAUCUUGGGCGCUCGGUGGACCUCUCGCGGGGAUAUCCCCAGAACUAGCGGCUGUUAUAUUAGGACAAAAAGACAACGAUCCAAAUAAGGAUAUCGCUCGGCCGGACACCAAUCAGAUGAUACCAUACAAGCCGAAAGUGAACCCAUUACCAGGGGAACAUCCUAUAUCCGGAGGGACAUUCCCAAUGCCGCCGGCGUGCGCCCACGUCUGCACCCUGAUGCCGCCACCUACCAGCUUUCGUGGGCCCUUCGUCGCCGUGGAUCGUCUCAUACAACUUUUCAACAGAAUCUCCUUGCCUGACAAACCUCCAGCACCGACCCAGGAGAACGGAUGCGACACGAAGCUAUUCGAUCUGGCGCGCUCUGUACACUGGAUCGUGGAUGACGAGGGUAUUACCACUGUAGCUAAUAAGACGCGUCGACGGAAGGCCGGUGAAGAUUCGGAUGAUGACGAAUUGGGCGUAGCACCGCCUGUGAACGAUAUCUAUCGGCAGCGACAACAGAAGAGAGUAAAAUAAAUGUCACCAACAAAAUCAUCUAGAAGAAAUAUUAUCAGCAUUAAAUUAUAGCUCUUUUACUGUUUUAAAGAAAGAUACAAGUUGUUAUUUCGGUUGUUCUAUAUUACCAUAUUAUUUAUUCUAUAUACCAUCUAUAAUAGACAAUGACUAACAGACUUUGAGU